AAAUAAUAGUUGGAGCAGUGUCUUUAUAAAAAAGUAAAUAAAAAACUUUAGUUUACUCGUGCCCCCUGGUCUCGAUGGUCCACUCUCUCAGUUGAAGAUCGUGAGUCAUGACACUUUGGUGAAUAGAAAAAUACUCACUCGACCAAAGGAAAAACAAGGACCUUCAAACUCUCUCUUUUGAUUUCAGUAUGACCAGCAUUUUUCGUCGACGGAAUAAUUCUAAUCAAGAUCAGGAGAAUGAUCCAUCGCAGCGUGAAAUAAAGCUAAAUGAGCUCAAGGCUGCUAUUGGCCCACUUAGCGGACACAGUUUACAAUACUGUACCGAUGCAUGCUUUAAGAGAUACUUGGAAGCUCGGAAUUGGAAUGUCGACAAAUCAAAGAAAAUGCUGGAAGAGACGCUUAAAUGGAGAUCAACUUUUAAGCCUGAAGACAUCCGAUGGGAGGAUAUAGCAGUAGAAGGUGAGACUGGAAAAAUCUACCGGGCAAAUUUUCAUGAUCGGCAAGGGAGGAGUGUUCUAAUAUUAAGACCGGCAAAACAGAACACUGCAUCAUUAGACAAUCAGAUGCGACAUCUUGUGUAUCUCAUAGAGAAUGCCAUCCUAAACCUUCCAGAGGGUGAAGAACAGAUGGCAUGGUUGAUAGACUUCACUGGCUGGACAUUGAGUACAAGUGUGCCGAUCAAAUCAGCUCGUGAAACUGUAAACAUUUUACAGAACCACUACCCUGAGAGGCUAGCUGUGGCUUUCCUAUACAACCCCCCACGGAUUUUUGAAGCAUUCUGGAAGAUUGUCAAGUAUUUCUUGGACGCCAAGACCUUCCACAAGGUCAAGUUUGUUUACCCCAAGAACAAAGAUAGCGUGGAGCUUAUGAAGCAAUAUUUUGACGAGGAGAAUCUUCCCACAGACUUUGGUGGAAAAGCCGUUUUGAAUUAUGACUACGAAGAGUUCUCAAGAUUAAUGGUCCAAGAUGAUGCCAAAUAUGUUGCUUUACAUAGUUCCAACGAGAAGCUCAGCCAGGCCACCAAUGGGUACUCUGGGGCUGAAGUUGCUCCUGAACCAGCUAGUUGAGUCGGUCUGUAAUUUGAGUACGAAGAGGCUCCCUAAAAGCCUUGGUUUGAGUUGAUGGCCUUGAUAACAAUCAGCUCAACGAACCUGUUAUCGUAAUUUAAAUUGAAGCUCAGCUGUUGGUAUGUAAGCGAGAUCAGGCUCGGAUUUUAAGAACGUUGAAAUGCUGAAACCUGUGUACUCUGCAAAUCUAUCAACCCUAUCGUAUAUGCUUCUCUUUCUCUUAGUCAAGCAAACGAAAAGGUGGCAACAUUUUAUUAUUUUAUCAACUUUUCUAUGUUUGGUAUUA